UCAUUCAAACCCAAAGCCAAUUCUUCUUGUUAAAGAAACAAUGGGAUUUGUUAAUGGGGUUUCUUAUUUGUUUCUUUUGGUUUUGGCAUUGCUUCUAUUGGUUUUCCAUGCUAACUCAAGUUCAGUUGAGAGAUCAUCGUAUAUAGUCCAUAUGGACAAGUCCCACAUUCCCAAAACUUUCUCUAACCACCAUGACUGGUACUCCUCCAUCAUGGAUUCCCUCAAGUCUGUAAACACAGCUUUAUCCUCACCAUCUCUUAUAUACUCUUAUGACAAUGUUGCUCAUGGUUUCAGUGCAGUUUUAUCUCAAGAGGAACUUGAAACUUUAAAGAACUCGCCAAUUUUCAUCUCAGCUUACGCAGAUAAGACUGUAACACUUGAUACCACCCAUACCCUUGAAUUCCUCUCCCUAAAUACGGCCACCGGCCUUUGGCCCGCUUCAAAUUAUGGUGAAGAUGUCAUUGUUGGUGUCAUCGACACUGGUGUCUGGCCCGAGAGUGAUAGCUAUAAAGAUGAUGGCAUGAGCUCGGUUCCGGCCAGGUGGAAGGGAGAAUGUGAAGUUGGACAAGAGUUCAACUCCUCCCUGUGUAAUUCAAAGCUUAUAGGAGCUAGAUAUUUCAACAAGGGUAUUUUAGCAGCAAAUCCGAGGGCUAAUAUUAGCAUGAAUUCUACUAGAGACACCUUGGGGCAUGGGACACACACCUCAUCCACUGUUGCUGGGAAUUAUGUGAAUGAUGCUUCAUUCUUCGGCUAUGCUAAAGGUACUGCACGAGGUGUGGCGCCACGUGCCAGGGUGGCCAUGUACAAGGUCAUCUUUGAUGAAGGACGCUAUGCCUCUGAUGUUCUUGCUGGCAUGGACCAGGCCGUUGCUGAUGGUGUUGAUAUAAUUUCAAUAUCAAUGGGAUUCGAUGGAGUGCCAUUGUAUGAAGAUCCUAUUGCAAUAGCCUCAUUUGCUGCCAUGGAGAAGGGUGUGGUGGUCUCAUCUUCAGCAGGAAAUGCAGGGCCAUCUCUAGGGACCUUGCACAAUGGAAUUCCUUGGGUCUUGACUGUUGCAGCCGGCACAAUUGAUCGUUCAUUUGCUGGAACUUUAACUCUUGGGAAUGGACAAACCAUCAUCGGAUGGACCCUCUUUCCGGCUAAUGCUUUCGUUGAAAAUUUGCCGUUGGUUUACAACAAGACUUUCUCAGCAUGCAACUCAACACGAUUGUUAGCUAAAGCCCCAGUUGAUGUCAUCAUCUUAUGCGACAAAACGGAGUUUGUAUCUGAUCAAAUAGAUGCUAUCGGUGAUUCAAAGGUUCGAGGAGCUAUAUUCGUUUCAGAAGAUCCUCAAUUAUUAGAACUUGGUGGUAUGAGUUGUCCUGCUGUUAUGAUUAGCCCCAAGGAUGCACCGACUGUAAUCAACUAUGUUACAGCUGAUAAGAAAGCUUCAGCAAGCAUCAAGUUCCAACAAACCAUUCUGGGCACAAAGCCUGCCCCGGCUGCAGCUUUCUAUACUUCUAGAGGACCAUCACCCAGCUAUCCAGGCAUCUUAAAGCCAGAUGUAAUGGCACCAGGGUCAUUGGUUUUGGCUGCUUGGAUUCCAAAUGACUUUGUAGCACGAAUUGGUUCAAACGUACUCCUGUCUAAUGAGUUUAAUAUGAUCUCUGGGACAUCAAUGUCCUGCCCUCAUGCUUCUAGUGUGGCUGCACUCCUUAAAGGCGCGCACCCUGAAUGGAGUGCGGCUGCAAUUAGGUCUGCCAUGGUCACCACAGCUAACCCAUUGGAUAACACUCAAAAUCCAAUCCAAGACAACGGUCUUAGUAAUUUCACAUUUGCUUCACCUUUAGCCAUGGGAGCUGGCCAAGUUGAUCCUAAUCGAGCACUUGAUCCAGGCUUGAUUUAUGACGCUACCCCACAAGACUAUGCGGAUCUCCUAUGUUCUAUGAAUUACACCCCAAAGCAAAUUUUGGUGAUUACGAGAUCAAACAGUUACAACUGCUCAAAUCCCAAUUCUGAUCUUAAUUAUCCGUCUUUUAUUGUUUUAUACAAUAACAAAACUACAUCAUAUGUUGAGACAUUUCACAGGAUUGUGACAAAUGUGGGAGAUGGCGCUGCAACUUAUAAGGCCAGGGUCAGUGCUCCAAUGGGUUCUGUAGUUACGGUCUCACCAGAAACGUUGGUCUUCGAAAAGAUAUACGAGAAGCAGAGCUACAGCCUCACUAUAAAGUACGCCAAUGAUGAUGAACAAAACGUAUCAUUUGGUGCACUCGUUUGGGUUGAAGAAAACGGAAUGCACACUGUCAGGAGCCCGAUUGCUGUUUCACCCUUUGUGAGUGAUUACCAAUCUGCUCCACCCUUGGCUGAUGAAGCUGAGGAAUCCAAGUCAUCAGUCGUGUACGUGUUCCCUUUCUCUUCCAUGGCUACUCAUAAACUUGCCUUGUAUGUCUGGCUUUCCUUUACCUCUAUCUCACACCUCAUCUCCACAUUAGCAAAACCCGAUACUUAUAUUGUCUACAUGGACUUAUCGGCUAUGCCAAAAGCCUUCUCAGCCCAACAUCACUGGUACUCAGCCACUCUUCAAUCUGUCUCUACAACUGUUAGAGCUGACACCAAUCCCCCUAGCAAUGUUUUCUCCUCUUCCAAACUCCUCUACAGUUAUAAUCAUGUUAUCAAUGGUUUUAGUGCAAGUCUCACUUCUGCUGAGCUUGAGGUCUUGAAAACCUCUCCAGGCUAUAUUUCGUCCAUUAGAGACUUACCUGUUAAGCCAGACACAACGCAUUCAUCUCAGUUUCUUGGCCUUCAAUCGAAAUCAGGGCUAUGGCCACUAUCAAAAUAUGGCCAAGAUGUUAUAAUUGGCGUGGUGGACACAGGGGUUUGGCCAGAGAGCGAAAGCUUUAAUGACAGAGCAAUGACAGAAAUUCCAUCAAAAUGGAAAGGAGAAUGCGAGACUGGCACCCAGUUCAACUCCUCAUUGUGCAACAAGAAGCUAAUUGGAGCUCGAUUUUUCAACAGAGGCCUGAUUGCCAAAAAUCCCAAUGCCACCAUAUCCAUGAAUUCUACCCGCGACAUUGAUGGACAUGGGACUCACACGUCAUCCACAGCAGCUGGAAGUGUUGUUGAAGGUGUAUCAUACUUUGAUUAUGCCGCAGGAACUGCAAGUGGUAUGGCUCCACAGGCACGAGUGGCCAUGUACAAGGCCAUUUGGGCAGAAGGUGCUUUCACUUCUGACAUUAUUGCUGCGAUUGAUCAAGCAAUUAUUGAUGGCGUUGAUGUUUUGUCAAUGUCAUUGGGCUUGGAUGGGAUUCCUCUGUAUGAAGACCCCCUUGCCAUAGCCACAUUUGCAGCCAUUGAGAAGAAUAUUUUCGUCUCUACUUCUGCUGGAAACCAAGGGCCAUUCUUUGGGACCCUACACAAUGGCAUACCUUGGGUCCUAACCGUUGCUGCUGGUACAAUGGAUCGUGAAUUUGGCUCCAUUUUAACUCUAGGAAGUGGAGUUCAAGUCAAGGGCUCCUCUUUAUAUCCGGGGAAUGUGUCUUUAAGCCAAGUCCCUGUUGUUUUCAUGGAUGACUGUCUCAAUUUGACUGAAUUGAAGAAAGUUGGAAGAAAGAUUGUUGUGUGCCAAGACAAGAAUGAAUCCAUUAGCGACCAAGUAUAUAACAUUCAAACGGCUAAAGUCGCUGCAGGUGUCUUCAUAUCAGACAUCGAUAACUCGGAAUCCUUCUUGCAAAGCUCAUUUCCGGCAAUAUUCAUGAAUUCCAAAAAUGCUGACAUUAUCCUAAACUACAUAAAGAGCAACUCAGGCCCAAAAGCAAGUAUGGAGUUUCGAAAAACAGAUUUGGGAGGAAAACCAGCACCAACUGCAACUAGCUACAGCUCUAGAGGGCCAUCCCCGAGCUGCCCGUUUGUCUUGAAGCCUGACAUUAUGGCUCCUGGGGAUUUAGUGUUGGCUGCAUGGCCUUCAAAGACUGCAGUGACAGAGGUGAAUUCGGAGCUUCUGUUUAGUAAUUUCAAUUUGAUUUCAGGGACAUCCAUGUCGUGCCCACAUGCAGCAGGAAUAGCAGCACUUUUGAAAGGAGUACACCGGGAAUGGAGCCCUGCAGCCAUUCGAUCAGCCAUCAUGACCUCAUCAGAUUCCGUUGAUAACACAAAUGCUCCUAUUAAAGACAGUGGUAAACAUAACGAACCUGCCACUCCUCUAGCUAUGGGAGCUGGCCACAUCAAUCCCAACAAAGCAUUAGAACCCGGCCUUAUUUAUGAUGCAACAUUGGAAGAUUAUGUUAGUCUUCUUUGUGCAUUAAACUUCACCAUGAAGCAAAUUCAAACAAUCACAAGGUCAUCUUCUACCAAUUGUUCAGUGUCAUCUUUGGAUAUUAACUAUCCGUCUUUUAUUGCUUUCUUCAACGGAAAUGACUCAAAAUCCGAACCGAAGAGUACAGUGCAAUUUAAAAGAACAGUGACCAAUGUUGGAGAGGGAACAUCAACUUACCUCGCUACUGUAACAGCAAUGAAAGGGUUUAAAGUGAGUGUCACUCCCGAUAAGUUGAUUUUCAAAGGAAAAAAUGAGAAGCAAAGCUACAAGCUGGUAAUAGAAGGUCCAAAACUGAUGGAAGAAGAGGUAGCUUUUGGUUAUCUGACAUGGACUGAGACUGGAGGUCAACAUGUGGUAAAAAGUCCUAUCGUAGUCACAAGACUGAGCACAGACAACACAGAGGAGCUUUCGUAGGAAGAAGAAGAUUAAUUAAAGAUUAUAUACAUUAAAAAAUAGUUGGUGAUGAAGCUUGGAGAUGCUUGCUACUAAUUAUUUGGAUAGGGUUAUAUAUGUGGUGUUGUUGAUUGUAUCCAUUUUAAAAACAAUUAUAA